AUGUCAACCAUCGAACGGAGAAGCUCUACGGAAGGAUCACAGUCCAUGUCCCCCAUCGAGCGAGAGCUCUCUCUUUCGCGAGUAAGGAAUAAUUCUGGUGGCGGAGAAGAGGUUUUCACCAAUAAGGCGCCCCUCACGCUUCCGCCAUGGGCUCGAGGGGUUUACGGCGGACAGAUCAUCGCCCAGGCAUUGCUGGCUGCCUACGAGACCGUGCCGGCGGCAUUUGCCGUGCAUAGCAUACAUUGCCAUUUCCUGAAUGCCGCGACUGUCGACGUCCCAAUCGUCUACCACGUGGAGAGAGUUCGCGAUGGAUCAAACUUCAGCACUCGAGUCGUCUGCGCGAGACAGAAGCAGAGGCUCGUCGCCUCGGCGACCGCCAGUUUUACUCGGGAGAGGGCUGGGGCCAAGUCACUUGAACAUGCAUCGUCGUUACCGGACGACGAGAUUCCGCCCCCUGACCAUCUUGAGGCCCACGCACAGUCUGCCGCGGGCCAAGCGGGCAACGACCGCCCGUGUGACUGUGUGCGCUCUCGUCUAGAAAGCAAAGAUCUAUUACCCCAUGAGCGACGAGCUCGGCAGUGGGUGCGAGCCCGUGGCAAGAUUGGGGAGACAUCCCCUCCUGACGGCGAUGACAGGGGGGUUGGUCCCGGCUCGCAAGAUGGACAUCGGGCGCACGUCGCGGCGUUGGCCUACAUGAGCGACAACUACUUCAUCGGCACCACCUAUCGCGUCCACAACGCUUCUCGCUUUUCCGGCCUAUCGUCACCGCACCCCAUGCUGGCGAGGACAAAGACCGCCGCCGCCGCUGCAGGAUCAAACCCAGCGGCCGCGCAGGAGUAUUUUGACUGGCUGGCCGAAGAAGAGCGCGACGACAACCGAGACGCCCCCCGAAACGACCAACGGGUGGAAACGAUGGCGACUCUCGACCACACCGUCUUCUUCCACGAGCCGCGCCACUUUCGCGCCGACGAGUGGCUCCUGUUCGAGAUGGAGAGCCCGUGGGCCGGCCACGAGAGAGGUCUGGUGACGGGACGGAUCUGGAGCCAUCGGGGCACUUUGGUCGCUACGUGCGUUCAAGAAGGCGUGGCGAGAUUAUUCCAACGCCAAAGCCACAGUAAACUAUAG